GAGACACAUUAGAGAGUUUUUUUUUGUCUGAUCAGACAAGGAACUCUGCGGCUGACAAUGGCUGCCGUUACCACCGUGGCUCUGCAGUCUCUCACAGCCGCAAAACUCCAUCCUCCUUCUCAGAGCGUCUCUAAAUCCUUUAAGCCGGUGACGAGACGUGUCUCUUGCUCCCUCCACGACGAUCUUAAGAACUUGACUCUGAACUGCGUUGAGGCUACCAAGAUCGCUGGUUUUGCACUAGCUACCUCUGCUCUUGUAGUCUCGGGUGCAAGUGCAGAAGGAGUGCCGAAGAGGCUAACAUACAAGGAGAUACAGAGCAAGACAUACAUGGAAGUGAAAGGAACUGGAACCGCUAAUCAGUGUCCAACCAUUGAAGGUGGCUUGGAGUCAUUCGCCAUUAAGCCAGGCAAAUACUACGCCAAGAAAGUCUGCUUGGAGCCAACUUCAUUCACCGUCAAAGCAGAAGAUGUUAGCAGGAACGCCACGCCGGUUUUUCAAAACACCAAGCUCAUGACCCGUCUUACCUACACACUCGACGAAAUCGAAGGCCCUUUUGAAGUAGCAUCUGAUGGAACGGUGAGGUUUCUUGAGAAAGACGGUAGUGACUACGCUACAGUAACAGUACAACUUCCAGGCGGUGAGCGUAUACCAUUCUUGUUCACCAUAAAGCAGCUUGUGGCAACAGGUAAACCAGAGAGCUUUGGUGGAGAUUUCUUGGUGCCAUCUUAUAGAGGCUCGUCUUUCUUGGACCCAAAAGGCCGUGGUGGCUCUACAGGAUAUGACAAUGCAGUUGCGUUACCAGCUAGAGGGGACGAUGAAGAGUUGGAUAAGGAGAACAACAAGAACACAGCUGCUUCGGUUGGGGAGAUAACAUUCAGUGUAACAAAGAGUAAACCCGAGAGCGGUGAAGUGAUAAGUUUGUUUGAGAGUAUUCAGCCUUCGGAUACAAACUUGGGUGCUAAAACUCCUGAAGAUGUCAAGAUCCAGGGUAUCUGGUAUGCUAAACUUGAGCAAUAAAACAUGCUAGAGAAUCUGUUUGUUUAGUCUGAUUAGCAGAUGUUGAUUAUUCUGGUUAAACAAAAGGUUUGCUUAAUUGCUUUGAAACAAGCAUUAAUAUUCUUGUAUGUUAAUCUCAUUUUAUAAAUACUAAACCAUAAACUCUAAUCACUAAAAACAAAUUCAAUUAUAAAAUAAAAAAUAUUUUUGUACUUUUAAUUAAGGCCUGUUUUGGAAAAGAAAAUUUCUUGUGUGCUACUUUUAGAACAAAAAAUGUUUUAACAUAAUGUGAGACCAUUUUUCUAAGUUGAAAGUAAAUAUUAUUUUAGCUAUUGGAUUUCAUCUCUUAUCUAUUCUACUAUUAUUUAAAAACCACCGUUCAUCAAUGACAAGUCACUACUGAACUUGUCAUCUAUGAAAGAUUAAACAACAUCAAGUUGAAAAAGAGAUUAAUGAGAUUAAAUUCAAAACGUAUAUAAAAUGAAUAAAGCAUAAACACACUACUAUAAAAAAAAAAAAGCGCAUGCUACAUAUUGAAGGAUCCGACAGCUUCUUGGGCAAUCAAAAUCAUAGAUUUAAAAGUGACAAGAGAAUUCAUAAUUAUUCAUAUACUACAAAAAUGGGAACCAUUAUACAUUUAAAUUUGUAACCUACUCAUAAAGGGCAGCAAUUACAAUGGACCCUAUUGUGAUUUGAAGUUGUUUUAUAUCAUUUAGAUCAUUCAAGCUAUUUUAUUCUUAAACCCACCGUGCUACCCCACGAGCAUUAUCCUAUCAAUUUUGUAAAUUGAUAAUCUAUCUGCCACACAAUACACUCAUAAUAUUUACUAAACAAGUGUGUUCAUAUUCAUUCGUAUUCACUAGUUUGAAAGGUAAACGAAGAAGAAAGAAAUGAUGAAUAAUACAACGUUAGCUGCUUAUUUUUCAAGUUCAAAGAAACAGAUUAAACAACGUCAACUUUUUAUUUCAAUAUGCUUCACUAACUACAUUUGUUUAAAAAUAGCCACCAGUAAAAUCAUAAAUGAAGCGUAAAUAUCGAAAUAAUUAGUGAUAUGAACUAACUUUGAAAUCUAUAUAUACAUGAUAAAAAUGAAUAAAGAAUAAACACACUACUGAAAAGUACAUGUUACAUAUC